CAGAUGUCGAAGAUAGAGUAUGAGAGAAGGCUGCUCACGGGCACUCUGGAGAGCAGUAGCAUCCGAGUGGCCAUUGCCCUCCUGGGACUGACCAAGAUCGAGAUGUGUAUGCUCCUUAAUGUUUCAAAGUUGAAAAAGCCAAAGUCCAUUGUAUACAAAGCAGAACUGAGCCUUCCGGAACAUUUUGAUAUCCCCAAGACAGUCUGCAUUCCUCAGAUUCCAGAAACUCAAGUUGAAUUGGCUCAGUAUCAAGGAAAUAAACCUGCAGGAAAAACAGCUGCAGCUAGAUCUGUUCCAGUCCCUUUGCGAUUUGUUCCUCUCAGUCCUGGACGCUACCCUUGCAAAAUUUUGUUGACAUCAAGGUACGAUGUGCGUCUCUAUUGCAUUGAAGGUGUGGUGAAUGAAGAGCGUCCAGAGGCCAGAUUUGAUUUUGAAACACCAGCAUUUGAAGCCCUUACCCAGAAUAUUCCAAUUAAUAAUGAGACAAAGAAUGAAUGGAAAUGUCAAGUUACUAUAGAAGGAGAAUGGUUUCAUGGACCUCCUAUUUUAUAUGUCGGACCAGGUGAAACUGUGGAUUAUCCUCUCACAUUCAAACCUAUUUUGGAAUGUGAGAUUAUGGGCAGGCUUAUUCUACAAAAUGAAGCAGAUGGUAUGGAGCAUAUCUUUGACCUAAAAGGAAUUGGAAAAAGACCCCUGGCUUUGGAAUACAUCACUGUCGACUGUCAAGUGGGGGAAGUAACAAAUAAACACAUAAUAGUGCCCAAUUAUACACCAAGCAUCCUAACAUUUAAGGUAUCUUCAGAUCUUCCGAUAGUGUGGGGAAACCCAGACAUCACCAUAGACCCUGAUAACACAGUUCCGUAUAUUCUACAUGUGUGCCCUUGGAAGCGUGGUAUAUUCAAAGGUACAAUUUCAUUUUCUGUUAAAAGCAAGCAUGAUGGUGAUUCUCAGGAUGACUCAGAUGAAGAACAAGAUAGAGAUCAAAUACCCUUCUAUAAGAAAUCAUUAUCAGAACUAUCUGACAAGUUUGAUGAGGAAAAACCGGAUAAUGCUAUUAACAAUUUGCGAAUCUGGUAUCAUCUUGAGAUCCAUAGUGCUCCUGGACCACCCUUAAAGGUUAUUGACAUGAAAUGUGUUGCUAUGGAGAGUGUUUGUAUUGAAGUACCUCUCAUUAAUCCAAAAGAGAAAAUUGUUCACUUCGAUGUGCUAUUCUCAAGUGCUGCCUUUAGUGGACUCGAUGAACUUGAACUAUUUCCACGAGGUUCUGUCAACUAUAUCGUACGGUAUUCUCCAGCAUGUACAGGCUUUACAGAAGAAAGGUAUGUUUUAUUUUUAGACUGUCAUAUGCUCUUUCUGAUCAUACCACCUAACUCAACCAGAGACAUACCUAUUCACUUUCGUCCUUCUGCUCUUGGAAGAGCUAGUCAUCAGACUUCUGUCAUCUUCCACUGUGCUCAGUUUAAAGAAUGGAUAUUCCUCCUCUCCGGAAUAGGACUGUUCCCCCAGCCUCACGAAAUACAAAAAGUAACUGCGUCCCUUCAUCUUCAGGCAUCUGUUCCUAUACCUUUCCAAAAUCCCACCAAAGACGAGGUUUUCAUCGAUAUCAUACUAACUGGUGAGGAAAAGCCCAAGCGUCUUGUCAUGGCUCAAAUCUGGGACAGCUUCCUCGAGGAGACUUCUGCCUUCAAGAUUAGUGGUGUGACUCACACAAAAGGAAUUGCAUUGCCUCCUAAAGGGACUCUGGAUAUCCAGGUGUUAUUUAUGCCCCAGGUUAUGAAAUUACAAAAAACAAUGGUCCUUAUUCAAAUGAGGAAGGCCAGUGGAAAAAGAUGGCUUAUUGACAAUUUUAUGGAAUUGCACCCAGAGGUGAAAAGGGGUUUGGGACUAGACAGUGAAGAAAUUCUAGAAAUACGCUGGAUAUACCCUAUUGUUGGACUCCCACAGGCACCACCUCCUGAAAACUCAAAAAUUGUCAUAAAGUGUCAGGCCAGGAAGCGGCUAGAAGAGGAAGUGGAAGUCACACUGGAUGGAGAUUUUUGGGGAAAAAAUCCUAUCUUAGACCUGUCAGACUUUAUAGUGAUUCCAAAAAGAAAAUCAUAUGCAUAUUAUGAAGAUAUAGAAGAUGUACCUAUGAAACGUGAAUUUGAAUAUGACAUUGAAUUUGAAUCUGAAGUUGAAGAGGAUAGUUUGGAAUCCUGCGUGGCUAUAUAUUUGAUCAAAAAAUCUUAUAAUGCCAAGAAUGAACAGAUAGCAUUGGUCUUCAAUCUGAUAUUUACACCAAAGAAACCAGCAAGGUCUCAAGCUACACUCAAAGUAGAGUGCAUGACAGAUGGGAUCUGGACAUUUCCCAUGAUGUUGAUUGCUACUGAGCCUGAUGUGGAUGAGGUCAUCAAUAUUGAAGGGGUUGGUUUAUUUAAGGAAUCUACUGUUAACGUCAGGCUGACAAGUCAGGCAAGGUAA